ACACGUUUAAAAAAUACAAUGGCGGACAACGAGGGAAAUGAAAACACGGCGAUAACAGACGAAAUUAUGCAAACAGAAACCGAUGGAGUUGAAGAAAUGAACAGUGACAAUUACGACAAUUCAAACUCCGAUACGUCGGAUAGUGGCAGUGAAGACAACGAAAGCAUUCAAAAUGAAUUAAAAGUGCAAGACCUCUUGCAGAAGAUUGAGGAGAGUCCAUUCCUGUAUGACUCGCAUGUUGAACUAAUCAAGAUUCUGCGUCAAAUGGGUGAACUUGGUCGUCUAAGGGACGCAAGAGAAAAGAUGAGUGAACUGUUCCCUUUAACAGAAGAGCUAUGGCUUGAUUGGCUAAGGGAUGAGAUACCACUAGCCACAGAAGAGAAUGAGAGAAGUAAACUGGAACAGCUGUUUGAGCGAGCAGUCAAAGACUAUCUCUCUGUGCAGAUAUGGCUUGAGUAUGUCCAGUACUCCAUUGGUGGGAUGGGUCUGAAGGGUGGCGUUGACCGUAUACGUGCCGUGGCCGAGCGUGCGCUGACUGCUGCUGGACUCCAUGUCACUAGAGGAGCCUACCUGUGGGAAGCCUAUCGCGAGUUUGAGAAUGCAAUUCUCGCAGGUUUACUGCCCGUGCCUGGUAAAGUAGCUACCCAAGAGCAGGAGGACUUGUUUAAGGCCCAGCACCAAAGAGUGAACAGCCUGUUCAAACGUCAACUGUCCAUUCCACUAUUUGAUAUGACGGAGACAUACUGUGAAUAUAAAGACUGGCUACAAGAAGAGCUAGACAGCUUCACGGAACAGACCUACAAAAAAGUUUGUACUAGACUGGACAAGGUCAAGCCUCUAGAGGAGUCACUGGAAGCCAGUGAGGCACCAAGGCUAGAAGAGUACAAGACGUAUAUUAAAAUUGAGAUGAAAGAGGGCGACCCAACCCGUAUACAGUGUUUGUUUGAGCGGGCCAUACAGGAGAACAGUCUCAACUCCGAUCUGUGGCUCCAGUACACUAAAUACCUGGAUGAGAAACUGAAGGUGAAGUCGGUGGUGCUACCUGUGUAUGAGCGAUCAGUACGGAACUGUCCCUGGUGUGGGAAACUAUGGCACAAGUACAUGCUGGCCAUGGAGCGGUACCAGGAACCUAAUGACAAGGUCAAAGAACUGAUAGAUAAGGCUCUCCUGGCAGGCUUCAGCAGUAGCGCGGAUUACCUACUAGUGUGGAGUACUUACAUAGACUAUCUCCGGCGCAGAAUAAAGUGGGACGAAGAACACAAGGAAGCAUUGGAGCUGUUUCGGUUGACACUGGAGAAAGCUGUAGAACAUUUAGCUGGUUUUGAAGAUGGAGAUCCAUUUGGAACAUUACGACAGUACUGGGCUAAUAUUGAAGCAAAGUUCUGUACGAAUUUGACCAAGGCUAGGGAGUUGUGGAAUGAGAUCAUGACAGAGGGCCACGGCAGUGAGGCGACCAUGUGGCUGGAGUUCUACAAAAUGGAGAGAAUGUAUGGAAACAACAAACAUUGCCGGAGAGUUCUGACAAGGGCACUUAACUCUGUCACAGACUGGCCGGAGAGCGUUGUAGAAGCUUACACUAACUUUGAGAGAGAAGAAGGUAACAUAGAAGACUAUGACACUGCUGUUACCAAGUGUGAGGCUCAGAUGGCGAGAAUAAUGGAGAGGCGGCAACAGGCAGCCGAGAAGGAGGCAGCUGUUAAAGAACAAAAGAAACAAGGCAAAAGUGAUAAAAAGUCCCAGAAGAAAGGUCAGAAGGGCACAGACCAGCAAGGAACCAAUCGCUUCCAAGGAAAACAAAGGUCAGGGGGUGAACAAAGGUCAGAAAAUUGGUCACAGUCGGCAAACCAGAAGGAGAAAACUUACGAAGAUUCAGAAAAUGAUGGACAAAAGAAAGCAGAGAAGAGAAAGUUCGAGGAAUCAUCAGGACAGUCAAAUGACUUCAAGGUGCCACCACCUCCAGGUUUCAAGGGGCCAAAAUCUGGCUCCCAAGGCCCUCCUCCAGGCUAUAAGGGGCCGAAGUCUGGGUCUGCGGGACCACCACCAGGGUUCAAAGGUCAUUCCAACAAUUCCUCAGAGUCACCAGCUAAAAAACGCAAACUAGAAGCUGAUGCUACAGGACAACACGGGGGUGAUGGUGACUUUGCCGCAGACCCUUCAGCACAGAACAGGACUGCCUUUGUCAGUAACCUCGACUUCUCUAUCGGAGAGGACAAGCUUGGAGAAAUAUUCUCUGAAUGUGGUGAGUUGACAGAUAUUAGGAUUGCAAAGAACUUCAAAGGAAAAUCGAAAGGAUUUGCCUACAUAGAGUUUAAAGACGAGUUUGGUGCUAUGAAUGCCAUCAAGCUUGACAGAAAGUUGGUGGAGAAUCGCCCAAUGUACGUCUCAAAGUACGAGGAGAAGGGCAAAAGCAAGGCACAGUUUAGGUACUCUAUUGACCUGGAGAAGAACAAGCUGUUUGUGAGUGGUCUCCCCUUCACCUGUACCAAGGACGCCCUUCAGGUCAUGUUUGGAGCGCAUGGCCAGAUAAAAGAUGUGAGACUCGUCACCUACAAGAGUGGGGCACCGAAGGGACUGGCAUAUGUGGAAUAUGUGGAUGCGCAAGAUGCCAAACAGGCUGUGCUGAAGGCUGAUGGAAUGCUGAUGGGGGAUCACACCAUCUCUGUCAGCAUCAGCAAUCCUCCGGGCCGAAAAACUCCACUCAAUGAGCGGGAGGACCCCGUCUACACUCCCACCCUCGGCUCUGGCAAAAAGGAGACGGAGACACGAGGUAAGGCAAGGACACAGCUGAUGUUGUUACCAAGGUCAAUAAAGAAAGCUCCUGUGAGUGGUGGACCAGUGAAGACUUCUGCCAAUCAAAACAGUGCUAACGAAACAGACAGUAAUGGGGACAGUGCUCAGAGUGCCACGAAAAUGAGCAAUGCAGACUUCAGAAAUAUGUUGUUAAAAAAGUGAGAUGACCGACGGACGUAGAGCAGAAGUUUGACAAUUCUGGAUGUACAGCUGAAGUGAGAUGACCAUAGAACUUACAGCAAUUAUAAGGUGGACGCACAGUAGUUAUAUAUGAAAUGACCGAUGGACAUUCAGCAGAAGUGAGGUGACCAGCGGAUGUAGAGGAUACAGUGUUCAAUGACCAUAAAAAACAAUGGAUUCUUGGAAUAAGUGCUUAAAACUGUAGUGCUACGUCAACGGAAAAUUGUGGUGCAAUUGACGAGGGAGACAGAAAGAAGUUGAGAGGGAUUGUCUGUGGUCUAAAAGCUUGUUUUAUUAGUCGAAUGUGUAUGUUAACGGUUACAUAGAUGUAUAUGGAUAUGCAAGUUAACGGAUAAAUGUGAAAACCCUCACCUUUAUAGAACUGGAUGAAUGAAGAAUGAACGUAUUGUAAAUCCCCAUACAUAUGGUACUAAGCCUACUCUUGCAUUUAUCAUGUUUACACUGAGGAAAUAUAGCUCUCAUACUUUUAUUUUCUGUUUUAGGUCUUUUAUUUUUGAAUUGAAAAGCUUAUUAGUUUCUUCACUAAGCCGAGUGCCUGAACUGUAUGUGUGCUAUGUUAGAGUAUACUAACCAUGGUUACUGGGGUAGGUAAUUUAUUUUGUCAGUUGGAGUACCGUGUUCAAUCAGACCUUUGCUUUUCUUGUUUAAUUGCUGGUAUACAAUUAUUUUUUAAAGGCCCGCCAUUUUAUUUGGAGGGGUGGGGGAAGAGGAGCUGUCGCAUAAUGUUACCUAUGUCCGUUCCUUCCCAUCAUGACCUGUUGAAACUCAUUAUCAUGACUGUAGUAAAUUAAUUUAGUAACUUAUUUUCAUUACAGUUUUUCUAGUUCUCAUAUUCUUCGAAAAGCUUUUCUGUUCUCCAACAGCUCCUGUUUUAUUUUCAUAUUACUCCAGACAAGCUGGAAUAUGUAGUUUUGAUUGACGCAUUAUUGGAACAGAUAUUGUAAAGGUUUUUGUUUUGUUUACCUAAGUUAGGUACAGCUGAAAUAAAGAAACUCCAUGUUAAAUUAUA